AACUAUAAUUAUUUUUAAGUCAACUUAUAUGCAAAGCAUAACUAUUUUUGUCAAUAAUAAUAAUUAUCUUAAUACUGCUAGUACACCUCAAGAUGAUGAAAUUAUAAAAGGUUUUAAUCUAUUUCUUGCAGACAAUUAA